CUCAGUGCAACAUUGAGACCUCAGGGCAAACACCGACCGCCACCUUAGCAUCACAGAAGCAUCGCCGAAAUAUUCUAUCCAAGAUGGGCAGGAUCGUCUUCUACGAGGACAAGAACUUUCAGGGUCGGCGCUACGAAUGCGACAGCGACUGCUCCGAUUUCCACACCUAUUUGAGCCGCUGCAACUCUAUCCGAGUGGAGAAUGGUGCCUGGGUUGUGUACGAGCGGCCUAACUACUUGGGCUACCAAUACGUCCUGACCCGGGGCGAGUACCCGGAAUAUCAGCGCUGGAUGGGUCUCAACGACCGCCUCAGCUCUUGCAAGAUGAUCCACGUUACCAGCGGGGCCCCCUACAAGAUGCAGCUGUAUGAGAAAGCCGACUUCGGGGGUAAGGCUUUUGAGGCCACAGAGGACUGUCCCUCGAUCCUGGAGAAGUUCCGCUGGAAGGAGGUGAACUCGUGCAAGGUCUUCGAUGGCUGGUGGGUGUUCUACGAGCACCCAAACUACCGUGGGCGGCAGUACUUCCUGGAAAAGGGAGAGUACCGCAAGCCCGGUGAUUGGGGUGCGGCCAGUGCUGCGGUCCAGUCAUUCAGGCGCCUCACUGAAUAAGUCUUGUUGCCACACCUUACUCCCACCGCCACCUUGCUCAACCCAUAUGCCAUGACAGGAAAUUAAAAUAUUUUCAACUAAGGUCUGCAAAAUAAAAGCCU